AUGAGAGUGAAGUUAGCAGUACAAACAUUUAGUUCAAGUGUGAGUGACGCGUUAGAGUAUUGUGAGAAAGAUUUAAACAUACCUUCUUUCCAAUAUGCAGAAGCGACUGCAACAUUUGCAAAAAUAUUAAUAAUGUAUCCGAUCUGCUGAAUACAAGAAAUUUUAUUGGCAGCACCCAGUUCAAAAAACCUUUAUAUAAAGGUAGUGAAGAGUUUUUAAGAAAUUUUGUACAGACUUCUAUUAGCUACUCAAGUACAGUAACAAAUUACGAAGGUGUUAAUAUAUUACAGACUAGUAGAAAAACAGGUUUUUUGGGAUUGAUUAUCUGUUUGGUUAGUGUUCAAAAUUUAUUUGAAGAUUUAGUGAAAAGUGGGACUUUAAAUUUUUUAUUAACGUACAAAUUGAGCCAGGAUCAUUUGGAAAUGUUUUUUGCCGCAGUACGUAGGAGAGGGGGUUUUUUCCAAUAAUCCAACAGCAUGGCAAUUUGAACAAGCCUAUAAGAGGUUGCUGAUUCACAGCGAAAUUGCUUCCUCUGAAAGUGCAAAUUGCUUAGCACAAGACAGCACCUCUAUUUUGAAUGUUACCUCAAAAAAAGUAAAAAAUCCUUCUCUCGAUGUACUGUAUGAAUUUGAGGAAGAUUUUUCUCCCGAUUUACAGGAACAAUACAUUGUUAAUCACAAUAAAAUUUUAAACUGUGUGUAUAUUUGUGAUGUUGUGGAAUAUAUAGCAGGUUUUGGUCAGCAAAAAACUAGGUCAGACCCUGAAUUGUAACGAAUGUGCCAAAUCAGUUACAACAUCUGAUUCUACUUGUAAGCUCCUGAAUAGGAAAAAUAGAGGAGGUCUAAGCAAGCCUACAAAAGAUGUUGUUAAGUGUGUACGGUUGCAGAAGGUAUUAUAAAGACGGAGACUAACUUUUCCAUUCCGAAUAUAAUGUUGAAGUUGAUCUCGCUGCAAUGAGAAAUUUAAAUUUCAGGGAACGUUUUUUGUGUUUAUCGGAGCACUGUACAGAACAAGACCCACUUGAUGGCCAUAUCAUUCAGUUGAUCAGAUUAUUUGAAAAAUUAUUUCACUAUUCGCCUUCCACCAUAUAAACUCGACCAAAAAUCAAAUUACCGACAGAAUUAGGCAAAGGUUAACCAAAACAAUUCAUUUUAGAAAUCAAUAGUGAUGUAUUCCAGUCAGGAACAAAAGUAAUGCAAUACCAACAAUUUGAAAUUUCAUCCAUUGAUUUCCUUUAGUAACUUACAUAAAUCAGCCCUAUACCAAAGAUUUGUAAAAUAAGUAGGACUACCCACUGGAAUCUUCAAGAAAGAUUUGUGCGCAGGCUACCUUUUCAAUUCCUUUGUCACACUAUCAAGUAACAUCAUAUACCGCAUUUGGCCGCAUAACCAUAUAAAAGUUUGACUUAAUAAAACAUAUAGUUGAAGGAGUUUACACAAGUCCGAGUUUCUUCUCCGAAAACGUGAGUAGAGAUAAGUAGAUACAACACUUGCUCUCCAAAUCUAUAUAUAUAUAUAUAUCUGUAAAAUCGUGCGAGGUGGUCCUUAGUAUCCAUUUUCACAGUCUUUCUUCAAAUGCUUGGAAUUCAAAGCGUUCACUACCGUGUAUCUCUGUCAAUUCAGAGUAAAGACGUGGUGCUAUAAAUGUAAUGAAAACUAUUCUUUUUGUUUUUUGCUAGAAUAUGCCUAUUUCCUUUUUCUAACUCAUGUCUUCAACUAUGGCAGUGGGAGAUGAGCAUUAAAGUUUGCCUAUUUUUGUGUUGGUAUAUUAAAAUAUUAUAGACAAAGAGCUGCCUGAGGUCCAUCUUUUUUUAUCAUUAUACCAUGUCGAACGACCCUAUCUCUGCUAUAUAUGUUCUUGUUUUAAUGUUCUAAAAAAAAAUUUUUUUCAUAUACGUAUAAGAUAUAUAUAUUUUGUAUUUUUUAAAUGGUGAU